UAAAAGAAAAAAAGAGGGACAGAAAAAAAAUGAAAUGAAGGGAGGAGAAAAGACUCUCCUGGAAAUCAUGAGUGAGCAAGGAGCUGCGUAUACACCUUGCAACACCCUGAGGGUUAGUCACCCAGGGAACGCCCAUAGGGGUGGGAGGACUAAGGAGACUGAGGUCCCGGACACUGAAUCCCAGGAGAACGCACAGCGUGAUCCUGUAAUCCUGUCCCUAAAUUCAAAACAAGGUUCUGGUACAGAGGAUUGAAAGAUAAUCUGACUGAAACCAUUGGCAUGGAGGCUUUGGUAUUAGAAGAUUGCAUUGUGAGCAGCACCACUGAACCUGUGUAUGAUUAUCCUUAUCAAAAAUCCGCCCAUUCCCCAAUUCCAAGAGGAUCCCCAACCACUGUCACCAUCACUGACCGGCUUCUGCUCACCCAAACUGUUUGGUUUCAUCCCACAGUCAACUCAGCCACUGCCCUUCACAUACUGCAGAGGGAGCCCCCAGGGACUUUCCUGGUGAGAAAAUCCAACACUCAGCAGCAGAUGGCUCUAUGUGUGCGAUUAUCAGAUGACCACGGACAAAGCUUCAUACACCAGAAAUUUAUAAAUGAAAGCUCUGCAGGUUUUUCAUUGGAACAGUCAACACUAACAUUCCCAGACCUUAUCAGACUAGUAUCUUUUUACAGUAGUGAAAGGGAUGUUCUCCCCCACACUCUUAGACUCCCAGCAGCCAUAGAGAAAGUGACUUCACGGAAACAGCUAGAGGCAAUAUCUCACCUUGGACUUGAGUUUUGGAGCUCCUCACUCAAUGCUCGAGAUCCACCUACAACGUCAGGUGGCUCUUCUCUCUCUUCUACCCCACCUCUUACCCCAACUCCCACAGAUCUCCCAGAUUCAGUAACUCCAAGCAUUCUUCCUGCUCUUAAAACACGGAGCCCACAUGAAGUAUCUAGUGGAGGUAAAGAGGGUGCCCUCUUCUUCUUAAAUCCUCUCUUCAAAACUAAGGAACCUGGGGCAAUUAAACGUUCCCACUUCCAGAAAAGCAUCAAGGUUCGGGUAUCAACAGAAAAUUCUGGAUCACUUUCACCACCUCUAGACCCCCCUCCACCUGUGCCUUCCCAGGAAGUAGUAGAAGAGGAAGAGGAGGUUGUGACAGUGGUGACAUCUCAGGGAGCUGACUCUGAUCAUAGAAAUGAGGCAACUGAAGAUCAAGAGUAUAUAAAACCUCGGUCAUCUCUAAGACAGAGACUGAAAAAGAGCUUUAGUAAAGGCAGUAUUGAGUUGGGGUUGAAGAAACCUCCAGUGCGCUCCAUAGAUUUGUCAGACUAUAAUGUUCCUCUGUCUGUCAUGAAAACAACAGAAUCAAAAGAGAUGUCAGAACCCCAUUUAAAUGGCAGCACAGUUUUGGAAGAACAGGAUAGUGCAUCUGUUAGCAGUGCAGAAGAGGGGACAUCAGAGGAUGGAGGAAAGUUUUCUCCGCAGCUAACAAGAAGGAAAAAAAAGCGCAGUGGACGUUCUUCAUUUCGAGCAGUUAGUGGGGCUUUCUUAUCUCUUCUGUCUCCAGAGAGGAAGAUUCUUAUGUUUAUAGAAGAGAUGGGGAGAGAUGUCAAUACAGAAUUUGGAAAAGAACUGCAAGGGUUUCUAAAAAGGCUAGAAGAAAGUAAAGUUGUGGAUGAAAAAGAGAAGGGGACAGAAGUUAAAGAGGAAUCUCAUAAAUCUGUGUUAAAGGAAGUCAGAGAAUUUAUGGACAAGAUGAAGAAUGUAUUGAAAACAAGCUCUGGAUUAGAACUUGAGAUGCUUUCUUCUGAGGAUGAAGACCGUAUCAUAGAGAAGUCGCUUCAUCGUCUUAUUUUGAAGCCUUUGAAGUCUCACCUUGUGAAUGAAUUCCAAAAAGGACUGGAGGAAAGUGGAGAGUUAGAGAGACUUGGAAAAAACAUGCAGGUGGUAAAAAGAGGAGGUCCAUCUCUUCUUGGUGUAUCACUAGGAUCUCCUGCAGCCCACGACCUGGAGAAGAUUCGUCAGAAGCUGCUGAGAAUGCAGGAAAAAUAUUCACCGUAUGAUAAGGUUCGUCAGUUGCUCCAAGCUUGCCGAGGUGUCUACAGGAGCAUAGAUUCCCAGCAAGAUGAUGCAUGUGGUGCCGAUGAGUUCCUUCCUGCCCUGUGCUACGUGCUGGCACUGUGUGAUAUGCCUCAGCUUCUAACGCACACUUACUAUACAGCAGAACUUCUACCCCAGAAUGCCCUGAUGGGGGAAGGUGGCUAUUACCUUACCAGUCUGUCUGCAGCACUGUCUGUUCUCUCGUUGCUACACACCCACCCUCAGGACACUGGACUGUCACUAAGAGAAUGGCAUCGUAGAAGACAAGGCUUACCGUCACUGAACGAUUUGCAGAACUUUCUACGAGUUGCCCAUCAAGACCCGAUUAAUGGCUGUACCACUAAGACCAUACUGCUGCGACCUUCUCAGACAGUGGCUGACCUCAAACAUCUCUGUGCCCUGAAAUUCAAACCUCUCUUCCCGGACGAGUAUGCCAUUGUCCUUCACUCUGGUGAGGAUCAGCAGAUCUUAACUCCUGAAUGCCGGCCUCAGGAAAUAAAAGGCAAGCUGAAGGAGGCUGGGUCCAGUUUCUACUUUUGUUAUCAACGCCUGGAUGACAGCAAAGAACAGGAACUCUCUCAGCAUUUAGCAAAUGGCCUUUGACAUUUUGUAAUGGAAAUGCAGAAAAGAACAUCCACCAUGUUUAAAGAAAUUAUUUUGAAAUUAUAUUCUUAAACACUUACAGAGUAAAAACUAUCAGAUAAUAUCCCCAGUCUAACUGGAUACAAUGGAUUUGACUGAUUAGAUAACAAAGUUAAAUCAAUGAGUAAACAUCAAAUGUUGUGUUAUACCUUUCAGGACUUUCCACCUGGUGUCAACCUAUGGUCCUAAAGAUCUCUUUGAUGUCACCACCCAUCCUUACAUUAUUCUUGUGGUAGGGCCCAGCACAUCAGCAUAACACACACAAAGUUUACUAAGAUAACUAAAUAUUUUGUUUAAAGGUUGCAAAACAACUUUGGCAUCUGAGGCUUCACAGAACAUGCAAACGUCAUGGAAACAAAGAUUUUGAUGUCGGAUAAAUGCCAAAUGAACCAUCUCGUCUGACAGUUUCCUGUCUGAAAGCAGAAGCUUUACUGUUGAUUUUGUAUUUUGUUCAGAAAAGCAGUGUUCCACUGUAUUAGUUUACUAUUCCAGCUGAAAGGUUUUUCCAUACAUCUACAUUUAUUAACACGUCAAGACUCGACAAUUGUACAUAUCAUGAGUGUUAGUUUCGAAAAUGGAUAAUACCAGUAUUAAAGUGGGAUCCUAGGUUCACCUGAAUUACGACCACAUGCUCCCAAGGAUGGCACUUUUUACAUUGUGAUUACUUUGCUGUUUUGCACGUUUUCACUGCAGAUUUGCUUUUCUGUGUGAAAAAAAAUAUUAAAAAAUGAAUACCUAUUACAUUCUAUUAUAUAUUGUUAGUAUUAUGGUCCUAUAUUAUACAGGGGAAUGGGCAUUUCCAGGAUUUUUAAUAGUAUAUCUGCUCAUCAACAAAAUUUAACAUAUGUGUAAAAAAUUGUAACCAUGUCCAUCUUAGCUCUCUAGUACCCGAGUUAAAAGUGUACCUUAAAA